UUGCCGCCACAAUAGUUAGCCAGCAAGCGGUUCACAUUUUGCUUGCUGAUGCCUCACAGAAUGGCGAAAUGUAUCCCAGACUAAAUGGUAUUUGUGGGAAAUAUGGAUUGGGAACAAUUGGAGCUCAACCCAAGGAUUAUAGCAGCCGUAAAGAAAGGUAAAAGAAACGGACGUUAGCUAGCUAGCCAUAAUUUGACUAGAUGUUAUUUAGCUAACUUUAUUCAACAGGUGGGACUAAUCCUGGAUGCUGAUUGGUUAAAACCAGCCGGUGUCUAUAAUUAAGCAAUAAGGCCCGAGGGGGUGUGCUAUAUGGCCAAUAUACUACGGCUAAGGGCUGUUAGUAUGUAUGACUCAAUGCGGAGUGCCUGGAUACAGCCCUUAGCGUGGUAUAUUGGCCAUAUACCACAAACCCCUGAGGUGCCUUAUUGCUAUUAUAAACUGGUUACUGAUGUAAUUAGAGCAGUGAAAUGUCUUGUCAUACACAUGGUAUACGGUUUGAUAUACCAUGGCUGUCAGCCAAUCAGCUUUCAGGGCUCGAACCACUGUUUUAUAAUCCACAAGUUACCACCAGCUAAAGCUAUGACGUUGAAAUGCCUAUUUACUUUGUUCCAUCUCACUGCGCAAUCCACUGUCAUCAGCCCAGCCAGCCAAUUUAUACAUUUGAUCUCCACUACAAAAAGCAUCUAGACAGUAUCUCCCAUUUCGUUUAGACUAGCGUUUGAUUUUCAACAGCAGAGAUAUGUUUAAACCUUGCUCUCUGUCUCUGACAUUUGCAAUAUUGUUUCAAUAUUGAAAUUCGAUCUCCAGCUGUCCCAUAGUAAUGAACGUGUCGGGACGAGAUGGACAGGCAUCUAGUCAGCCAGUUGAAAUCAUGAAUCAGCUGGCAUCAUUUUGAUGGAUGUUUACAAAGAAAUGUCAAUAGAAAACAGGUGAAACGAAAUGCAGCUAGUUUGCUGUCUUUCCAGUGAUUGUGUUAGCGGUGUUGUUGGCUAGCUCCUCUGAACAACAGUGUCCUGACGAGAGAGCACAUUUUCUAUGCCAGGCAAAAUCGCGGAUCAUUAGCUCAUUGUUAUACAUGUAUCCAAAUAAAUGUCACUAGAAAACAGCUUAUGCAAAUGCUGCUACUUUGCUAUUAUUCUGGCUGCACUUUUUGACGUGACUGUAAGGUAGUUGGCUAGCUAGCAAGCAAGGGAUAAGAACGUUGCCAGCCAGUAUGGCAAUGGAACAUUUUAGAACGAACGACUGGAUCGCGUCCAUAGAUACGCAACAAAACGACUGGGUCAUGUCGCUGGCAACCGAACCGAUAGAAUGAAUGACCAGCCAGCUUGGGUAGCAGCCCUAGAUUUGUGUCGGGACUGUAUCUUGUGGAAGGAUGAAAUAGUACGAAUCAAUUAAUCAAAAUUGUAUCAAAUUAAUCAUGCCCUCGAAGCCGGUGUUUGGAGGAUAUAUUGACACGGUUUGCUGCUAACACCCGUGCCAAUAUCAAAACAAAUUUUAUUGGCAAUAUAUCCUCCAAACACCGGCUUCUCGGACAUUAUCACUUAAACAUUCUCUAGUCAGAACGCGACUAUGCCAAGAUCAGGACAGCGUGGAUCUGGCUCAGAAAACGUACUUCAGUCCUUAAUUAUCCCAACUGGCAAAUUGAGAAGAUGGAAAUACAGCACAUUUUUCGUCAACAUGCAAGGCUAGCUAAUGCUAUAGCAGCUCAUUGGAUUCCAUGAAAAUGCGACGACUAGCGUUGGUGAGCAGUUACUCGAAAGUGUUGUCGAAUUCAAUGGUCUGCUAUAGCAUUAGCUAGGCUAGCAUGCUGACGAGAAUUUUUCAAACUUCUAGAUUUGUCAGUUGGGAUAAUUAGAAGUACACUGCCAUCUCCCAUCCCUGGACUGAGGUACAUUUUCUGAGCCAUAUCGUGGCCAGCUCUGCACUGUCCUGAUCGUGGUAUAGCUGCAUUCCAACUCAAUAAUGUGCAACUGCCAGCCCGCAAUUCGGGGCGUUCCUGCAUGUGGGCAUUCACCCCCUUUUCAUGCUUGAGCUUAUUUCUCACUAAUUUUGCCCACAAAUUUGUUUACAUCCCUGUUAGUGAGCAUUCCUCCUUUGCCAAGAUAAUCCUUCCACCAGACAGGUGUGGCAUAUCAAGAAAGUGAUUGAACAGCAUGAUCAUUACACAGGUGCACCUUGUGUUUGGGACAAUAAAAGGCCACUCUAAAAUGUACACAAUGCCACAGAUGUCAAGUUUUGAGGGAGCGUGCAAUUGGCAUGCUAACUGCAGGAAUGUCCACCAGAGCUGUUGCCAGAGAAUUGAAUGUUCAUUUCUCUACCAUAAGCCGCCUCCAACAUAGUUUUAGCCAGUUUGGCAGUAUGUCCAACCGGCCUAAUAACCGCAGACCACGGUGUAACCACACCAGCCCAGGACCUCCACAUCCGGCUUCUUUACCAACGGGAUAGUCUGACAUGAGCCACCCGAACAGCUGAUGAAACUGUGGGUUUGUGCAACCAAAGAAUUUCUGCAAAAACUGUCAGAAACCAUCUCAGGGAAGCUCAUCUGUGUGCACGUCGUCCUCAACAGGGUCGCAACCAACGUCAGUGGGCAAAUACUCACCUUCGAUGGCCACUGGCACGCUGGAGAAGUGUGCUCUUCACGGAUUAAUCUGUUUCAACUGUAUUAGGCAGAUGACAGACAGCGUAUGGCAUCGUGUGGGGCAGCGGUUUACUGAUGUCAACGUUGUGAACAGAGGGCCCCAUGGUGGGGUUAUGGUAUGGGCAGGCGAAAGCUAUGGACCGCGAACACAACUUCAUUUUAUCGAUGUCAAUUUGAAUGCACAGAGUUACCGUGACGAAAUCCUGAGGCCCAUUGUGGUGCCAUUCAUCCGCCGUGAUCGCCUCAUGUUUCAGCAUGAGUGCACAGCCCCAUGUCGAAAGGAUUUGUACACAAUUCCUGGAAACUGAAAAUGUCCCAGUUCUUCCAUGGCUUGCAUACUCACCAGACAUGCCAUCCAUUGAGCAUGUUUGGGAUGCUCUGGACGUGACGUGUACGACAGCGUUUUCCAGUUCCCUCCAAUAUCUAGCAAAUUUGCACAGCCAUUGAAGAGGAGUUGGACAAUAUCUGUGACCAACUGAUGCAUAUCUGUAUUCACAGUCGUGAAAUCCAUAGAUUAGGGCCUAAUACAUCUUUUUCAAUUGACUGAUUUCCUUAAAUGAACAUGUUGCGUUUUAUAUUUUUAAAUAUUUGUCUUAUGCUUUUGGUCUUGUACAGAAUACUAUCCUACUAGAAGUCAGAUACACGAUAUAUACAAAUGUAUGUGGACAACCCUUCAAAUUAGUGGAUUCGGCUAUUUCAGCCACACCCGUUGCUGACAGGUGUGUGUAUAUAUAACCGAGCACACAGCCAUGCAAUCUCCGUAGUCAAACAUUGGCAGUAGAAUGGCUUUACUGAAGAGCUCAGUGACUUUCAACAUGGUACUGUCAUAGGAAGCCACCUUUCCAACAAGUCAGUUCGUCAAAUUUCUGCCCUACUAGUGCUGCCCCGGUCAUCUGUAAGUGCUGUUAUUGUGAAGUGUUAACGUCUAGGAGCAACAACGGCUCAGCCGUGAAGUGGUAGGCCACACAAGCUUACAGAACGGGACUGCCGAGUGCUGAAGCAUGUAAAAAAUAAUUUGUCCUCAGUUGCAACACUCACUACCGAGUUCCAAACUGCCUCUGGAAGCAACGUCAGCACAAUAACUGUUCAUUGGGAGCUUCAUGAAAUAGGUUUCCAUGGCCGAGCAGCCGCUCACAAGCCUAAGAUCACCAUGCGCAAUGCCAUGCAUUGGCUGGAGUGGUGUAAAGCGUUCUGCCAUUGGACUCUGGAGCAGUGGAAACGCGUUCUCUGGAGUGAUGAAUCACACUUCUCCAUCUGGCAGUCCAAUGGACAAAUCUGGGUUUGGCAGAUGCAAGGAGAACGCUGACUGCAUAGUGCCAACUGUAAAGUUUGUUGGAGGAGGAAUAAUGGUCUGGGGCUGUUUUUCAUGUUUCGUGCUAGGCCCCUUAGUUCCAAUGAAGGUAAAUCUUAACGCUACAGCAUACAAUGAUUUUCUAGACUAUUCUGUGCUUGUUUGGGGAAGGCCCUUUCCUGUUUCAGCAUGAUAAUGCCCCGUGCACAAAGCGAGGUCCAUACAGAAAUGUUUUGUCGAAGUCCGUGUGGAAGAACUUGACUGGCCUGCACAGAGCCCUGACCUCAACCCCAUCAAACACCUUUGGGAUGAAUUGGAACACCGACUGCGAGCCAGGCCUAAUCGCCCAACAUCAGUGCCCGACCUCACUAAUGCUCUUGUGGCUGAAUGGAAGCAAGCCCCGCAGCAAUGUUCCAACAUCUAGUGGAAACCCUUCCCAGAAGAGUGGAGGCUUUUCUAGCAGCAAAGGGGGAACCAACUCCAUAUUAAUGCCCAUGAUUUUGGAAUGAGAUGUUUGACGAGCAGGUGUCCACAUACUUUUGGUCAUGUAGUGUAUAAAAUGGCUCUGUGUAGCUCAGUUGGUAGAGCAUGGCGUUUGCGGCGCCAGGGUUGUGGGUUCGUUUCCCACGGGGGGCCAGUAUGAAAAAUGUAUGCACUCACUAACUGUAAGUCGCUCUGGAUAAGAGCGUCUGCUAAAUGACUAAAAUGUAAAAAUAAUAUGCCAUGAAUACGAGGCUAGAUUUAGCAACGAAGCUAUUUAGCUAGUGACCGAUCUAGAUUAUAUUAGCAACAUACCCUUAUUUUACCAGAUCCUCUUCUCCUUCACCCAGUGGAGGUCUUUAUUUAAUUGCUUAUAAUUUUUGCCAACUAUAUCAAAUCAAUUUCAAUUCAUGGUGUCAGAAUGCACUGCUGUAUUAAAGCUGCAAUAUAUAACCUUUGGGGCGACCGGACCAAAUUCCCAAAGAAAUGGGAGUUAUAGAUCUGUCAUUAUCAUUGAAAGCAAGUCUAAGUAGCAGUAAAGCUGUUCUAUGUGUGCUAUUGCUAUGCUUCCCGCUGAAAUACAAUAUUUCUGGUUAUAGAAAAUAUAUUUCACAGCGUUUUAGUUGGUACAAUGAUUCUCAACACUAUGCUUGCUUGUUUUGUCACAAUAGCCAUCUAGCCAGACUAAUGUUGCUAACUAGCUGACCGUGAGCUAGCAAGCUAGAUAACAGGCAUUUUCAAUUUAAAACUUGCCUAAGACAGUUCACAGAAUUGUCCAUUUAAACAACUUUAGCCAAUUUAUUAAUACAUUUAGCUAACAUUAGAUAGUUAAUCCAGAGAUUCUUACCUUUACCUCGAUUCGACAGUCUCGUCCAGGUCAUCAUGGCCCUGGUGAGUGAUGUGAAGCUUGAGACGGGCAUUUGUAGUGCUGUAUGAUAGCCACAUUAGCAGCUAAUUAGCAUUUAAUUUUGGAGGGGUAAAUAAAUGCAAGUCACCUUGUCUGAGAGAGAUUUACAUGGUUAUGAAAACGUCACGCCAGGGUAAGCCUACAUUUAGUGAUCCAAUUGACAUUUUAGUAAUUUAGCAGAAGCUCUUAUCCAGAGCAACUUACAAUUAGUGAGUGCAUACAUUUUUCAUACUGGCCCCCCGUGGGGCCAGAUACACAGCCCUUAUUUUAAAUGUUUCUAAAAUUCACAAUGGAUAAAAUGAAUGGUGGAAAAACGAUUGGAACCAUUUGUGUUUGACCGCUAGGUUAUAUGGGUGUUAUGACUCAUCAGAAUCAUACUGUGGUAGGCUAUUACCAUGAGCCCGUCCUCACCAAUUAAGGUGCCACCAACCUCCUGAGUUGUAUUGCCAUAUGACUUGGAAACUUAGCUAAUGUUAUACCCCUUGACUUAUUCCACAUUUUGUUGUGUUACAGCCUAAAUUCAAAAUUGUUUAAAUAUAAUUUUUUUCUCACCCAUCUACAAACAAUACACCAUAAUGACAAAGUGAAAAGAUGUAUUUAGAUUUUUUGUGCACAUUUAUUGAAAAUGAAAUACAGAAAUAUCUCAUUUACAUAAGUAUUCACACCCCUUUGUCAAUACUUUGUAGAAGCACCUUUGGCAGAGAUUACAGCUGUGAGUCUUUCUGGGUAAAUCUCAAAGAGCUUUCCACACCUGGAUUGAGCAACAUUUGCCCAUUAUUCUUUAAAAAAUUCUUCAAUUUCUGUCAUUGGUUGUUGAUCAUUGCUAGACAAUCAUUUUCAGGUAUUGCCAUAGAUUUUCAAAUAGAUUUAAGUCAAAACUGUAACUCGGCCACUCAGGAACAUUCACUGUCUUCUUGUGUUUUAGGCUAUUGUCCUGCUUAAAGGUGAAUUCAUCUCCCAGUGUCUGGUGGAAAUCAGACUGAACCAGGUUUUCAUCUAGGAUUUUGCCUGUGCUUAGCUCCAUUCCGUUUCUUUUUAUCCCGAAAAACUCACCAGUUCUUAACGAUUACAAGCAUACCCAUAACAUGAUGCAGCCACCACUAUGCUUGAAAAUAUGGAGAGUGGUAUUCCGUAAUGGGUUGUAUUGGAUAUGCCCCAAUCACAACUUUUUGUCCUGAGUACAAAGUGUUAAUUUCUUUGCCACAUUUGUGGCAGUAUUACUUCAGUGCCUUGUUGCAAACAGGAUGCAUGUUUAAACCAAUUUGUAAGUCGCUCUGGAUAAGAGCAUCUGCUAAAUGACGUAAAUGUAAUGUUUAGGAAUAUUUUUUAUUCUGUACAGGCUUCCUUUUCACUCUCAAUUAGGUUAGUAUUGUGGAGUAACUACAAUGUUGUUGAUCCAUCCUCAGUUUUCUCCUGUCACAUUCAACUUUUUUCUGUUUUAAAGUCACCAUUGGCCUCGUGGUGAAAUCCCUGAGCAGUUUCCUUCUUCUCUGGCAACUGAGUUAGGAAGGAUGCCUGUAUCUUUGUAGUGAGUGGGUAUAUUGAUACACCAUCCAAAGUGUAAUUAAUAACUUCACCAUGCUCAAAUGGAUAUUCAAUGUCAUCUUUUUUUUAACCCAUCUACCAAUAGGUGCCCUUCUUUGCGAGGGAUUGGAAAACCUCACUAGUCAUUGAGGUCCACUGAGGGACCUUACAGAUAAUUUUGUGUGUGGGGGGUACAGAGAUGAGUCAUAAAAUAAUAAUGUUAAACACUAAUUGCACACAGAGUGAGUCCAUGCAACUUAUUAUGUGACAUGUUAAGCACAUUUUUACUCCUGAACUUAUUUAGGCUUGCCAUAACAAAGGGGUUGACUCAAUACAUUUUAGCUUUUCAUUUUUGUAUACAUUUUGAAACAUUUUGAAAAACAUAAUUCCACUUUGACAUUAUGGUGUAUAGUGUGAAGGCCAGUGACGAAACAUAUCAAUGUAAUCUAUUUUAAAUUCAGGCUAUAACAACAACAAAUGUGGAAAAAGUCAAUGGGUGUGAAUACUUUCUGAAGGCACUGUACAACAUUUUGCUUUGCUAGUCAACGUUGUGUUGUUAAAAUGCAUGCUGUAGGUGCGUCUUUGCUCAUAAUGAAUUUAUGUUGAUCUUAGCUAAUGUGAAAUCAGCGAGGGAGAUUCUCAGUCUCUCGGGUCCGGAUCUACAACGACUCACCCACCUGUCAAAGUCAGACGUGCAACACCUGCACACAGCUGUUGCUGUCUCUUACCGCAGACAUUCGCCUGUAACAGGUAGGCAUGCUCUAUUCUAUUGCAGGAUUCUCCAACUCCGAACAUGGAGAGCUACUGGGUUUGCAGGUUUUGAUUCCAGCCCAGCACUAACACACCAACUAGCUACAGUUGAAGUCGGAAGUUUACAUACACUUAGGUUGGAGUCAUUAAAACUUGUUUUUCAACCACUCCACAAAUUUCUUGUUAACAAACUAUAGUUUUGGCAAGUCGGUUAGGACAUCUACUUUGUGAAUGACACAAGUAAUUUUUCCAACAAUUGUUUACAGACAGAUUAUUUCACUUAUAAUUCACUGUAUCACAAUUCCAGUGGGUCAGAAGUUUACAUACACUAAGUUGACUGUGCCUUUAAACAGCUUGGAAAAUUCCAGGAAAUGAUGUCAUGGCUUUAGAAGCUUCAGAUAGGCGAAUUGACAUAAUUUGAGUCAAUUGGAGGUGUACCUGUGGAUGUAUUUCAAGGCCUACCUUCAAACUCAGUGCCUCUUUGCUUGACAUCAUUGGAAAAUCAAAAGAAAUCAACCAAAAAAAAAAGGUAGACCUCCACAAGUCUGAUUCAUCCUUGGGAGCAAUUUCCAAACGCCUGAAGGUACCACUUUCAUCUGUACAAACAAUAGUACGCAAGUAUAAACACCAUGGGACCACGCAGCCGUCAUACCGCUCAGGAAGGACACGUGUUCUGUCUCCUAGAGAUGAACGUACUUUGGUGCAAAAAGUGCAAAUCAAUCCCAGAACAACAGCAAAGGACCUUGUGAAGAUGCUGGAGGAAACCAGGUACAAAAGUAUCUAUAUUCACAGUAAAACAAGUCCUAUAUCGACAUAACCUGAAAGGCCGCUCAGCAAGGAAGACGCCACUGCUCCAAAACCGCCAUAAAAAAGCCAGACUACGGUUUGCAACUGCACAUGGGGACAAAGAUCAUACUUUUUGGAGAAAUGUCCUCUGGUCUGAUGAAACAAAAAUAGAACUGUUUGGCCAUAAUGACCAUCGUUAUGUUUGGAGGAAAAAGGGGAUAGCUUGCAAGCCGAAGAACACCAUCCCAACCGUGAAGCACAGGGGUGGCAGCAUCAUGCUGUGGGGGUGCUUUGCUGCAGGAGGGACUGGUGCACUUCACAAAAUAGAUGGCAUCAUGAGGAAGGAAAAUUAUGUGUAUAUAUUGAAGCAACAUCUCAAGACAUCAGUCAGGAAGUUAAAGCUUGGUCGCAAAUGGGUCUUCCAAAUGGACAAUGACCCCAAGCAUACUUCCAAAGUUGUGGCAAAAUGGCUUAAGGACAACAAGUCAAGGUAUUGGAGUGGCCAUCACAAAGCCCUGACCUCAAUCCAAUAGAACAUUUGUGGGCAGAACUGAAAAGGCGUGUGCGAGCAAGGAGGCCUACAAACCUGACUCAGUUACACCAGCUCUGUCAGGAGGAAUAGGCCAAAAUACACCCAACUUAUUGUGGGAAGCUUGUGGAAGGCUACCUGAAACGUUUGACCCAAGUUAAACAAUUUAAAGGCAAUGCUACCAAAUACUAAUUGAAUGUAUGUAAACUUCUGACCCACUGGCAAUGUGAUGAAAGAAAUAAAAGCUGAAAUAAAUCAUUAUCUCUACUAUUAUUCGGACAUUUCACAUUCUUAAAAUAAAGUGGUGAUCCUAACUGACCUAAGACAGGGAAUAUUUACUAGGAUUAAAUGUCAGGAAUUGUGAAAAACAGAGUUUAAAUGUAUUUGGCUAAGGUGUAUGUAAACUUCCGACUUCAACUGUAACUAGCUACGUUUAGACAGGUGUGUUAGUGCGGGCUAACCCUUUAAAGCCUGAUGUCUGAUAUACACACAGUCCCGUGUGGCUCAGUUGGUAGAGCAAGGCACUUGCAAUACCAGGGUUGUGGGUUCGAUUCCCAUUGGGGACCAGUAAAAACAAAAUAUGAACAUGGAUGCACUCACUACGAUAUGUCGCUCUGGAUAAGAGCGUCUGCUAAAUAACUCAAAGGUAUGUCACAACACCUGAGGGGUAUCCUACAAACAAGCUAGAUCUAAUCAGGGUUUUCUAAAGCUAACCAGGUUCAGCUUCACAUUCCAGCUGGUGGAUAUUGCUCGCCUCAUUCACAUUACCCAUAAGCACUCAGUUAAGUUGCGCCGGAUGUCAUGCAUUUCAAUGGAAUGGAGUCGCAAUACCCCCUUGCUGUUGAAGGCUUCAUUGCGAGACGGACGCUGCAUACAUUUAAAUCUUUCAAACUCGAAGAACAGGAAGUUACCAAACCACAGAAGAAGAUGACAAUAUGUGGUUUUCGGUGAUGGCUUUAUGGGAUAGUUAGCAACUUGUAAACAAUUACCCAUUCCUGUAAGUGAGUACUAUUUUAAUGGUAGUGUUAAAUAAUACACAUUGGCUGUUAAGACAGUUAUAUUAUGACUGUUGCCUCCCGUUUUUAAAUAUGUGAUGGUACAAUACAAUAAUACCAGUCAAUAUCAGCAUGUGAAGUAGCUAGUUAGCUAUAAAAUCGCCUAAACAAACUGCACUAUAAAUGUAGGAGUCUAUAAUCUAACCAUGUUCAACCUGCAGAUCGAUGUGCCUCGCAGAGUAGAGUCUGACAUUCGCAACGGCACCAUACAAUACACGCUGACUGAAGAGGCAGACAAAUGGGAGUAAUGUGGUGGACCCUCUGUUAAAUUACACAUUUCUCGAGGUAGGAAUAUCGCAAAAAUAGACAACCUCCCGCGUUAUGAAAUUGGCCAGUAUUGAAAUCUGACGUGUAUGAAUAGACGUUUAUGCGAUCUAAAAGUCUCAUUCCUAUUAACUACUUCUUCUUUAGGAAAACAGCCCUAAUGUUGGAAACAUUAUGUUGACUUCCAGAGUUACAUUUAUACAUUUUCCAAGCUAUAGAAGUGUUUUUUUGUUUAGUUUUUUGUCGGAUAAACACUCCAAACAGCCUACCCGACCGCUCAGAGGCGUUUGCAUGUUCCUAAAGCACACUGUUGCCUCGUUUUGUAUCACAUUUCAAUGAUAAAACUGGGGGGGACAAAAAUGCAAUUUCAGAAUGUGGAGGGGGCCAUGUGCACCCCUGAUUUUUACAUACAGCAGGUUUUUAAAUGACAAAAGGGUUUGGUCUGCUUCAUGUUUUCAUUUUUGCCAUGGUAAAAAUAUUGUGAUAAUAUUGUAACGUGAACGGGCAAAAGCAGAGAGGCAUGAGCACCCUUCUCAAAUCUAAUAAUAAUCUGCACUGCUCUGUCAUGUCAACAAUGCCUUGAAGCAGCAUGAUGCGUUGUUCAGAAACCUUGUAUGUAUUUUCCAUAAAAUAUACACUAUAUAUACAAAAACUAUAUAUAUAUAUAUAUAUACCCCUUCAAAUUAUUGGAUUCGGCUAUUUCACCUGUUGCUGACAGGUGUAUAAAAUCGAGCACACCGCCAUGCAAUCUCCAUAAAAAACAUUUGCAGUAGAAUGGCCUUACUGAAGAGCUCAGUGACUUUCAAUGUGGCACCGUCAUAGGAUGCCACCUUUGCAACAAGUCAAUUUGUCAAAUUUCUACGGUCAACUGUAAGUUCUGUUGUUGUGAAGUAGAAACGUCUAGGAGCAACAACAGCUCAGCCGCGAAGUGGUAGGCCACACAAGCGCACAGAUAUCGUCUGUCCUCGGUUGAAGCACUCACUACCGAGUUCCAAACUGCCUCUGGAAGCAAUGUCAGCACAAUAACUGUUUGUCCGGAGCUUCAUGAAAUGGGUUUUCAUGGCCGAGCACCCACACACAAGCCUAAGAUCACCAUAUGCAAUGCCAAGUGUCGGCUGGAGUGGUGUAAAGCUCACCGCCAUUGGACUCUGGAGCAGUGGAAACGCAAUCUCUGCAGUGAUGAAUCACGCCUCACCAUCUGGCAGUCCGACUGACGAAUCUGGGUUUGACGGAUGCCAGGAGAACACUACCUGCCCCAAUGCAUAGUGCAAAUAUUUAAAGUUUGGUGGAGGAAGAAUAAUUGUCUGGGGCUGUUGUUCAUGGUUCGGGCUAGGCCCUUUUAGUUCCAGUGAAGGGAAAUCUUAACACUACAGCACACAAUUAAAUUCUAGACGAUUCUGUGCUUCCAACUUUGUGGCAACAGUUUGGGGAAGGCCCUUUCCUUUUUCAGCAUGACAAUGCCCCCGUGCACACAGCGAGGUUCAUACACAAAUGGUUUGUCAAGAUUGGUGUGGAAGAACUUGACUGGCCUGCACAGAGCCCUGACCUCAACCCCAUCGAACACCUUUGGGAUGAAUUGGAACGCCUACUGCGAGCCAGGCCUAAUCGCCCAACAUCAGUGCCCGACCACACUAAUGCUCUUGUGGCUGAAUGGAAGCAAGUCCCCGCAGCAAUGUUCCAACGUCAGGUGGAAAGCCUUCCCAGAAGAGUGGCUGUGAUAGCAGCAAAGGGGGGACUAACUCCAUAUUAAUGCCCAUGAUUUUGGAAUGAAAUGUUCGACGAGCAGUUCGAGUGUCCACAUACUUUUGGUCAUGUAGUGUACUUCCAAAAAAAAGUCUAAGUUCAAACAAUUUUUACAAAGAGUUCAAUCUUGGUUUCAUCAGACCAGAUAAUCUUGUCUCUCAUGGUCUGAGAGUCUUUAGGUGCCUUUUGGCAAACUCCAAGCGGGCUGUCAUGUGCCUUUUACUGAGGAUUGGCUUCCGUCUGGCCACUCUACCAUAAAGGCCUGAUUGGUGGAGUGCUGCAAAGAUGGUUGUCCUUCUAGAAGGUUCUCUCAUCUCCACAGAGGAACUCUAGAGUUCUGUCAGAAUGACCAUCGGGUUCUUGGUCACUUCCCUGACCAAGGCCCUUCUCCCCCGAUUGCUCAGUUUGGCCCUGCGGCCAGCUCUAGGAAGAGUCUUGGUGGUUCCAAACUUCUUCCAUUUAAGAAUGAUGGAGGCCACUGUUCUUGGGGACCUUCAAUGCUGCAGACAUUUUUUUGUACCCUACAGCAUGAUGCUGCCACCACCAUGCUUCACUGUGGGGAUGGUGUUCUCGGGGUGAUGAGAGUUGUUGGGUUUGCGCCAGACAUAGGGUUUUCCUUGAUGGCCAAAAAUCUCCACUUUAGUCUCAUCUGACCAGAGUACCUUCUUCCAUAUGUUUGGGGAGUCUCCCACAUGUCUUUUGGCGAACACCGAAUGUGUAUGCUUAUUUUCUUCUUUAAGCAAUGGCUUUUUUUCUGGCCACUCUUCCGUAAAGCCCAGCUCUGUAAAGUGGUCCUAUGGACAGAUACUCCAAUCUCCACUGUGGAGCUUUGCAGCUCCUUCAGGGUUAUCUUUGAUCUUUUUGUUGCCUCUCUGAUUAAUGCUCUCCUUGCCUAGUCCCUGAGUUUUGGUGGGGGGCCCUCUCUUGGCAGGUUUGUUGUGGUGCCAUAUUCUUUCAGUUUUUUUAUAAUGGAUUUAAUGGUGCUCCGUGGGAUGUUCAAAGUUGUGGAUAUUUUAUUAUAACCUAACCCUGAUCUGUACUUCUCAACAACUUUGUCCCUGACCUGUUUGGAGAGCUCCUUGGUCUUCAUGGUGCCGCUUGCUUGGUGGUGCUCCUUGCUUAGUGGUGUUGCAUACUCUGGGGCCUUUCAUAACAGGUGUGUGUAUAUAUACUGAGAUCAUGUGACAAAUCAGGUGACACUUAGAUUGCACACAGGUGGACUUUAUUUAACUAAUUAUGUGACUUCUGAAGGUAAUUGGUGGCACCAGAUCUUAUUUAUGGGCUUCAUAGCAAAGGGGUUGAAUACUAAUGCACACACCACAUUUCCAUUAUUUUCUAAAUAAUUUUUUGAAAGAAGUAAUUUUUUGAAUUUCACUUCACCAAUUUGGACUAUUUUGUGUAUGUCCUUUACAUGAAAUCCAAAUAAAAAUCCAUUUAAAUUACAGGUUGUAAUGCAUUUGCAAACAUUUCUACAAACCUGUUUUCGCUUUGUCAUUAUGGGGUUUUGUGUGUAGAUUGCUGAGGAUUCUUAUUUAAUUAAUCCAUUUUAUAAUAAGGCUGUAACAAAAAGUGGACAAAGUCAAGGGGUCUGAAUACUUUCCGAAGGCACUGUAUCUGUUUUAAAUUAUACUGUCAAUCCUCAAUAGGAAACUGAAAUGUAUAUAAUAUAAUAGACAUGACCAUUUAUGUUGACUUUCGACGGUGGGUGGACCGGCGGCCGUCUGUGGUAGUAACUACAAGUUAAAAUGUCAAUUCAAUUUAAAUUUCAAUGGUGUAUGAGAUAAAUUGCAGUGGUCUGAAAGGAUCCUUCAAUGAGUCUUCGGCACAGGACAUAUAUUGCUCAUCCCUGACACUUGGAAGUGAAAAAGACGGUUGCUAUAGGGGCCGACGUGCAGUAACCCUGAUGAGACUAUGGCGGUGAGUGAAUAUACCGCCUCUACCCUCUGUUCUAUCGACAAAUGUGCAAUCGCUGGAGAAUAAACUGGACGAACUACGUUUGAGACUAUCCUAUCAACGGGACAUUAAGAAUUGAACUAUGCUAUGCUUCUUGGAGGCAUGGGUGACAUGGACAUGGAUAAUAUACAGUUAACAUUUAGGCCUAAUUAAACUGUCUCAUUGGGCAAUGUUCAACUUCAAUUCACUGGCACUAUGUAAAAUAUAUUAGCCCAUACACAUUGAUAGUAAAAUCUGUACUUUAAUAUACUUUUGGUGUAUUUACUAGGCAUUGCAAGACAUUGCGAUAAAGAUUACCAAGAUAUAGCCUAUGCGCACGGUUCUGGUUGUCUGCCUGCCCCUCUCCCACCCUCGCUGGCUCGCCUGCUCUUUCUCUUCUCUAAGAAAGAUGCUGCACACGAGGUGGAAUAUAUGGGACUCUACGUAGUUCUUUGCAUAGAAAUAAGAAAUCAUUCUUAUUUCUAUGUUUGUGUCAUUUGCUACCAGCUAUGAAACAAAACGGCAGAAAUACUUUGAAAAUAGCUACGGCAGGAUUUUUGUUUGCUAUAAAUCACAACUCGCACCUGGUCAUACUUUUUACUUUUUCAGUUCGAACACAUCUAUUUUUAGGCGCAUAUGCGAGUAAAAUGGUCGCACUGUAGAGCCCUGAAAUGUACUCACAGAGACGAUGAAGGAGCAUCAUGCUCUCCUCCUCCUCCAUGUAAAGAAAUUUGACUGCAGCCAACCACAGCGCACACAAAUCACACUGCCCAUAGGUACUGGGAGGCGGGACGGGGGGCCAGACUGUCAAACCAGCAGUGUUUCCCUGUCAUCGCUCGCUUUGUGACUGACAUGUCCCUGUCCUAUCAAUAGAUCGCUAGAAGAUGCAUAUAGUUCAUUCUAGUGGGAGAGGGCAGGGCAUACUUUUUUUUUCUUCUGACUAGCGAAUGGAAAAGUAGCCUAGUUAAUUUAAGGUUGAGUCCAAAACAGGAGGUUUAAAAAGUAACAAAGUUGUUUUCAGUCCUCUGCAGCAUUGCUUUAAUUAACAAAAGCCUGCACACCCAGUAACUCACGAGGACCAGAGUUGGAGUCUCACUCUAUCACUGUAUCUAGCCACCCGGAAGUGAUUGUAGCCUAGGCUUUACAAUCCUAGGUUCAAACAAGUUAUAGUCUAUUAUUCAAACUAACUGAUUAUCUGUUUGUUUUCACACAGCCUUACAAGUGCACCGCGGAGAGUUUCCCUCUUUGGAAACUGGGUACAAGCUAAGUUUGGCUUGCCCCGUUCUGGACGCUCUACUGCGAGGUGGUGUACCGUUGAGCGGCAUCACAGAACUGGCAGGGGAGAGCAGUGCAGGAAAGACCCAGUUUGGCUUGCAGCUGUGUCUCUCUGUGCAGUACCCACUGGAGUAUGGAGGGCUCAAUUCAGGUGACCUAAUGGAUAAAUCGGACUGAAUCGGGGAGGGACAAACUGGACUAGCCUGUCCAAUAAGGAACACUCAUUUUAAUUUCGGUUGCAAAACAUUUGAAAACGUUUUCCAUUGCAUGUCCUAAUAAACGUGACCCAGCUCUUUGUUGACAGUAUUUUGUCCUGAUGUUCUGCCUGUAAACCCAUAUUGCCUAAAUAUUGUAACUUUUUAAUUAUUGUCAGAUAGUGCUGCUUAUGGCAUGAAAUGUUGUAUGUGUGUUUGUCUUUACACCUGCAGGAGCUGUGUAUAUUUGCACAGAGGACUCGUUUCCCAUCAAGCGUCUGUGGCAGCUCAUUACCCAGCAGGCUCGGUUGCGGCCAGAGCUUCCCCAGGCCCUGAUACGGAGCAUCCGUUUCAGCGACAACAUCUAUAUAGAGCACGCUGCCGAUCUGGUAAGACAGUGGUGCAACAGACACCCACUGUAGUGGAGAAUUCCUAUAAAACGCCACUGGCACAGGUUGAGAGCAGUUCAUGACGCGUCCGCAUAGAAUUGGCUUUCCAGACGUAGAUAUGUAGCACGAUGGGACAAGGACAUCCCUGCCGGCCAAACCCUCCCUAGCCUGGACGCUGGGCCAAUUGUGCGCUGCCCCAUGGGUCUCCCGGUCGCGGCCGGCAGCGACAGAGCCUGGACUCUAACCAGGAUCUCUAGUGGCACAGCUAGCACUGCGAUGCAGUGCCUUAGACCACUGCGCCACUCAGGAGGCCUGGAUUUUUUUGCUAAUUUAUAUUUAAAACAAAAUAAUAAUGGAAAUAUCACAUUUACAUAAGUAUUCAGACCCUUUACUCAGUACUUUGUUGAAGCACCUUUGGCAGCGAUUACAGCCUCAAGUCUUUUUGGGUAUGAUGCUACAAGCUUGGCACACCUGUAUUUGGGAAGUUUCCCCAUUCUUCUCUGCAGAUCCUCUCAAGCUCUAUAAGGUUGGAUGGGGAGCGUUGCUGCACAGCUAUUUUCAGGUCUCUCCAGAGAUGUUCGAUCGGGUUCAAGUCCGGUCUCUGGCUGGGCCACUCAAGGACAUUCAGAGACUUGCCCCAAAGCAACUCCUGCGUUGUCUUGGCUGUGUGCUUAGGGUCGUUGUCCUGUUGGAAGGUGAAACUUCGCCCCCAGUCUGAGGUCCUGAGUGCUCUGGAGCAGAUUUUCAUCAAGGAUCUCUCUGUAGUUUGCUCCGUUCAUCUUUGCUUCGAUCCUGACUAGUCUCCCAGUCCCUUCCGCUGAAAAACAUCUCCACAGUAUGAUGCUGCCACCACCAUGCUUCACCGUAGGUUUCCUCCAGAAGUGACACUUGGCAUUCAGGCCAAAGAGUUCAAUCCUGGUUUCAUCAGACCAGAGAAUCUCAUGGUCUGAGAGUAUUUAGGUGCCUUUUGGCAAACUCAAAGCGGGCUGUCAUGUGCCUUUUACUGAGGAGUGGCUUCUGUCUGGCCACUCUACCAUAAAGGCCUGACUGGUGGAGUGCUGCAUAGAUGGUUGUCCUUCUGGAAGGUUCUCCCAUCUCCACAGAGGAACUCUGGAGCUCUGUCAGUGACCAUAGGGUUCUUGGUCACCUCCCUGACCAAGGCCCUUCUCCCCCGAUUGCUCAGUUUGGCCAGACGGCCAGCUCUAGGAAGAGUCUUGGUGGUUCCAAACUUCUUCCAUUUAAGAAUGAUGAAGGCCACUGUGUUCUUGGGGACCUUCAAUGCUGCAGACAUUUUUUGGUACCGUUCCCCAGAUCUGUGCCUCGACACAAUCCUGUCUCGGAGCUCUACGGACAAUUCCUUUGACCUCAUGGCUUGGUUUUUGCUCUAACAUGCACUGUCAACUGUGGGACCUUAUAUAGACAGGCGUGUGCCUUUUCAUGUCCAAUCAAUUGAAUUUACCACAGGUGGACUCCAAGUCGUAGAAACCUCUCAAGGAUGAUCAAUGGAAACAGGAUGCACCUGAGCUCAAUUUUGAGUCUCAUAGGAAAGAGUCGGAAUACUUAUGUAAAUAAGGUAUUUCAGUUUUCCGAAGGCACUGUACAUGUGACCAGGGUUUCUGUGCUGUCCCAACAGGGUGCACUGCAGGCCUGCGUGUCCCAGCGGGUGCCCAUCCUGCUCUCCCGGGGCCUGGUCCGGCUGGUGGUGGUGGACUCAGUGGCGGCCCUGUUCCGCAGCGAGUUCCAGGCGGACGAGGGCAUCGAGAGAGCCCGCCACAUGCUGACCUUUGCUGCCACUCUCCACCGCCUGAGUCACAACUACAGUACCCCGGUGCUGUGCAUCAACCAGGUAGGGAAGAGCCUUAACUGCUCAGCAGACCCGGGUUAAAUGCACUAUAUCAAAGACUAUUUAGGUUUGCCUGGUACUAGUAGGGGAAACACUGAAAUAGUUCCAAAAGUGCAAACUCGAGUAUAUACGUAAACUUCAUGUAUUUCACCCAGUUCUGCUACACAUGCAUGUCAACCUAGAUUAUGUAUUAUGCUUUCUUGGCUCACUUGAAAAGGAGAUGUUUAUCUCAAUGUGACUUUGCUGUUUAAAUAAAGGAUAUAUCAAAUUAAUAAUGUGUUGUUGGAUGUGUUCUAUUGAUAUUGCAUGAUAUAAUUUUGUUAUAGUAGCCUGACCCUAUAGAUAAACAAAAGCUAGCAGCAUGUUCAGAAUAAUGUAAUGAGUUAUUGCACCGUACCUCUUCAGGUGACAGAUGUAAUUGAUGGCCCAGAUCCAGCACACUGUAACUUUGGGUAAGCUGUUUGAGUCUCCUGAUUAUAUUUACUAGCAUAGAGAGAUACAAGUAUAGAUCCCAUGUAUCAUUAGUGUGUGUGCGUGUGCACCUCUGUGUGGUGUGUGUGUCUCUAUGGCUGUGUGUCUUCGAAUAAUAGUAGUAGUAGCAGUAAUAAGGUGGGUGCUUACGUUUGUCCUAUUUCACACAUGUACAAGUGUGUGUUAAUACAUGUGUGAAUUGGAAUUUUGUUGAUUGUAUAUCCCACUCCCCCUCAGACACCCCCGGAGAGUGGGGUCACGGCCAGGGAUCAGACAUUAUUGACGGUGUGUGUGUGUGUGUUUGUGUGUGUGUGUGUGUGUGUGUGCGUGCGCGCACUUCUUUCCCAGGCUGGUGGACAAUAAGGUGCUGCCCGCCCUGGGCAUGGCCUGGGCCAACCAGGUGAUGGUGAGGCUGAUGCUGCUCCGCCUCCCGGGCUGCGUGGGCACUGGGGAGCAUGGCGGCAGCAGCGCACCCCGCAGGCUGGAGGUGGUGUUCGCCCCCCACCUCCCCAGAGUCAGCUGCCUGUGUGGGGUGUGGGAGGAAGGAGUGAGAGGGCUGCCAAACACAGACCCCGGUCCGUGACCGACAGCAUUACAAAGAGACUUGAAACCACAAGCGAAGUGGGACUGAACGAGUGUACCUAAAUCCGACAAACCUUUACAGUUGCAGGAUACAGAAAAGUGUCAAAUGUGAAAAUGAUAGGGACCCGCACACUGUUUAGAUGCUCUCUGUAGUUUGGUCUUGGCAAUAUUGUAACCACAAAGGGACUUUAUCAGGGGUUUCAGGGGUGAUUCCAGCAAGGCAUGCACACUGGAGGAGAGUGGACACUGCAGGAUGGCAGGACUGUUGCCUUACCUUGUGCUUCGACAUUCCAUAGUGAAGCCUAUAUGCAUUUAAAAGGAGAGAGAUGGUAUAAAAAGUAUGGAAGUAUGGUGAGUCAAAUUAUAUGGAAAUCCUCCUGACAAACCAUGUCUAUACCUUUAAAAAAAUCAAAUUCAGUUUUUAGCAGCAGACAUUUUUCUGCUUCUCUUUUCACAACAGAAUUGAAUAUAGACUAUUGCAAAAGUUGUUGUUUUUCGCACGACACUUCUGAAGUUUGAUUUGCACAGCAGUGUGUGCCUGUUGGAGGGAGCCGACACUUGAUUUAGAAAUCGGCAGUACUGUGGUGUAUGCCAAUCAGUACUGACAGUAAACCUGGCUGAGAAGUUCGCAGAACAUCCUAGUAACAGCACUGCCGGUUUCUAAAUAGUGUAAUUUCAUUCCAACCAAGAGAUGCUGCUCUGGAAGUCAAAUGCACUUCUGAAAACACAGUGCAAAAAACUAUCUGAAAUUAUUUAAUUCUGGCCAAAGUGUUUCAUAUGUUACAUGACGUUCUAUCCAGUGGUGUAGUGGUAAAUAAAAUUGGUGGGUAAACGCUGAUCGCCGUUGGUGGUGAGUGAAGUAACGCUUUCUAUACUUUCAAUGCAUUUUUCCCUGAUAGGUGGGUAAACACUUGCACGCAAAAAAAGUGAGUAAAUGGCAUUCACGUGCAUUUACUCGCCAUUAAACCACUGGUUCUAUCAAAACUGUAACAAAUGUGGAAAGGAAAAUGUGUUUGAUGGUGAAGCACCACAUUGGAAUAUCAUAACUGUAAAGUGUUUCCUCUAUAUCAGGGUUGC